AAGCGCAACGUCAUCAUACUUCCUCUUUACUGCGCGAGCCUGAGCGAGACAGGCACUUCUAAGCAACCAUGCCCGUUGCCAGGAGUAAUAAUUGUCGCAAGACUUAUGUCACCCCCCGCCGCCCCUUUGAGAAGUCACGACUUGACCAGGAGUUAAAACUCAUUGGCGAGUAUGGACUGAGGAACAAGCGUGAGGUGUGGAGGGUCAAGUUCACCUUGGCCAAGAUCCGCAAAGCUGCCAGAGAGCUGCUUACUCUGGAUGAGAAGGACCCCAAGCGUCUGUUUGAAGGUAAUGCUUUGCUCAGGCGUCUGGUGAGAAUUGGUGUGCUUGACGAGGGCAAGAUGAAGCUCGAUUACAUCCUGGGUCUGAAGGUUGAGGAUUUCUUGGAGAGGAGGUUGCAGACACAGGUCUUCAAGCUUGGACUUGCCAAGAGUAUCCACCAUGCUCGUGUUCUCAUUCGCCAGAGACACAUCCGUGUGCGUAAGCAGGUGGUGAACAUCCCCUCCUUCGUGGUUCGUCUGGACAGUCAGAAGCACAUUGACUUCUCUCUGAGGUCACCAUAUGGUGGUGGACGCCCAGGCCGCGUCAAGAGAAAGAACGCCAAGAAGGGCCAGGGUGGAGCUGGAGGAGCUGAUGAUGAGGAGGAAGAUUAAGAAGGACAUUAUCCAAGGAGUGUGUUAACGCUGCUUGUUUAUGUUACCAUUUGAAUAAAAUGGUUGUUCUGACCAAA